UCGACACUUCCCAAGACGCCGCUGCAUCGAGAUGCUCUCGCUGGAGAAGAACCGCCACGACAUGAUCGCAGGCGCAAUCGCGGGCUCGGUCACGGCCAGCAUGUGCUGCCCGCUGGACGUGGCCAAGACGCGUAUCCAGGCCCAAGGCGGCGUCUUGGCGUUUAGCAAGUACAAUGGCAUCUUCCGCAGCGUGCAUACGAUCUACGUCGAAGAAGGUGUGCGCGGCAUGUACCGCGGCUACUCGGCGGCGAUGCUGAGCUUCCCCGUGUAUUUUUCGCUCUACUUUCCGACCUACGAGUGGGUCAAAGCGCAGUUCAACACGACGGCACUGAGCAACAGCCCACUGGUCGUGCAAGCCGCGUCGGCGACGAUCGCCGGCACGGCCAUUGACACGGUCACGUACCCGCUUUGGUUUCUUCGCACGCGCAUGCAGACGCAGCACAUGCAUCAGCUCGCGGCCUCGCACGGGCGGGACUCGUACUCGACGCUGCGCUCCACGAUCGGUUCGAUCUACCGCACCGAAGGUCUCGGCGCGUUUUACAAGGGCCUCUCGGCGUCCGCGGUUGGUAUCCUCAGCUACGGCAUCCAGUUUCCAGUCUACGAAUCCAUGAAGGCGCGCAUCGCUGCAGCCGAAGGUGUCGAGAACGACAAGCCGUCGGCCUCGGGGGUCGUCCUCUCGGCGAUCGUGUCCAAGACGAUCGCGUCCUGCUUCGCGUACCCUGGCGACGUGGUCCGCGUGCGCAUGCAAGAUACGGUCGGGCGGCACAGCGAGUACAAGCACUUUCUCGACGCGAUGGCCAAGAUCGCACGCAAAGAAGGUGUCGGCGCGCUCUACGCAGGCUUCCAAGUCAACACGCUGCGGAUUCUGCCGCAGUGCGCGAUCACGUUCUUCUGCUACGAGUACAUCAAGAGCGGGCUCGCGGCAGCCGAUGCGCUCCCGCACUGCCUGCCGCACGAGAACGCGUUGGCCUAAGCUCGACGCCUUGGCCUAAGCUUUACGCGCCGCCGACGCUUGGCCGCCACGGCGCCACGUCAUCGCUGC